GAUCUAGUCCAUGUUGCACGGACUCUCCAAAAAUAUUGUCGUACCCGUGUCGGAUCCUCAAAAAAUGCACUACCUUUGGAGGGUUCGGCACACACCAGGCAACAUUUUUGGAGAGUCCGAGCAACACGGGAUCUAGUAUUAUGAGCACUAUGUAACUUGGAUGGAGUUUCAGAUAUAGUUGUUACUUGCUUAUUUAUGUUUUUUUCUAGUGAAUAUAUCAUUAGGAUUGAGAUGCGUUAUGCUCUGGAUAAGAGCAGCUACUCCUAGGAAUUGGCUACUAAUUCUGUUGCUAUAUGCAUUCUAACCCGAGAGUAAAUUGGAUCUCCUUAACAUGACGGACCACAACUCUGCUAUCUUUUCUUGUGGAUAGAUAAUGAUCUGUGUGGAAUAUCAACUCAGCAUAACCCCUAUUAGAGAUGAUGUUUGUAGACACCAAAUUAGGAAUCAGGUUUCACUCGUAGGUUGACAUGAAGAAUGUCUGGCUUCUUGGUUUUGGGGUCUGGAUAUAUUUUCUGAUAAUAUAGCAUCUUGCUAUUCUAGGUACACUGCCAACAAAUCAAUGGAGAACUGUGCCUUCUGCAAUGCCGAUGGUGAUUUUCUGAUAGUUCCUCAACAAGGAAGGCUGUGGAUUACAACUGAAUGCGGAAGAUUGCAGGUUUCUCCUGGUGAAAUAGUGAUUUUGCCUCAAGGAUUUCGAUUUUCUGUUGACCUUCCAGAUGGACCUUCACGUGGUUACGUUGCUGAAAUUUUUGGAACUCAUCUUCAACUUCCUGAUCUGGGGCCAAUAGGUGCAAAUGGUCUGGCUGCUCCGAGGGAUUUUCUAGUUCCUGUUGCGUGGUAUGAAGAUGGCUCCCGUCCAGGUUACGCUAUUGUGCAAAAGUAUGGUGGUGAACUCUUCACUGCGAAGCAAGACUUUUCUCCUUUUAAUGUGGUCGCUUGGCAUGGUAACUAUGUUCCUUAUAAGUAUGAUUUAAGCAAGUUCUGCCCUUACAAUACCGUAUUGAUCGACCACAGUGACCCUUCAAUAAAUACAGUUUUGACAGCACCAACGGAUAAACCUGGUGUGGCAUUACUUGACUUUGUCAUCUUUCCUCCCCGGUGGUUGGUUGCUGAACAUACCUUCCGUCCUCCAUAUUAUCACCGCAAUUGUAUGAGCGAAUUUAUGGGUCUAAUCACUGGUGGAUAUGAGGCAAAAGCUGAUGGUUUUCACCCUGGCGGAGCAAGCCUUCAUAGUUGCAUGACUCCUCAUGGUCCUGAUACCAAAACAUAUGAGGCAACCAUUGCACUUGGAAAUGAAGCUGGUCCACAUAAAAUAGCCGAUACGAUGGCUUUUAUGUUCGAGUCUUGUCUAAUACCCCGAGUCUGUCCGUGGGCGCUUGAAUCUCCAUUUAUGGAUCACGAUUAUUACCAAUGCUGGAUCGGCUUGACGUCUCACUUCUCAGGACUAUCCAUGAAAGCAGACAACAGCGACUUUCAGAAUGGAAAACCAGUAGAAAGGUGAAAUUAGAGAUGCCAAAGUGACCUAGCAUGUACAUAAGGCGCCACGGCAUGUAAAAUGUAAAAUAAACCAUACGUAUGUAUUGGAUCUAAAGAAUAGGGUGACAAUCCAAGUGCUGAUACAGUGCUAAAAUGAAAGCAAUGUUCUACGAAAUUAUGACCUCUGCCCAGUAAGUAGAAAUGUGCACCAUGAUGUUGUUGUAGCUUUUCGUGUUGUAUAUGUAAAGAUGGAACUAUCAUGGACUACGUCUAGCAAUUGCAAGAACAAUGAAUUACUAUGUGACAAUAACUUUACUUGUUGUAAUUGUCUAACUAGGAGUAAUAAACAUGGGAAAAGCAUCUUUUGCUAUUACUGUUA